AAAUUAUCUGUGGCGAAAUUAAAGUUGCCUAAGGAGCAUUCACCUAGAAUUUAAAGAACCAAAAACAAAACAAUAUACAAACGUCAAACAUGUCGAAAAUCAAGCGUUUCUUCUCAAAGAAGAAGGAGGAGGCCGCUUUCAAGUUGCGCAUUGGUGGUGGAAUGGGAGAGGGACACAAAUUGAAUGCCCCCAAGCAGGAAGCGCCAUCGACAAGCUCACGGCGCAAGAUGGAUGUUUAUGUGCCGCCCAAGCGCAAUGAGCUGAGCAACGAGGCGCGCGCUGCUGCUAAUGCCGCAUUAGCGCGCAUUGACCGCAAGGAUUCAAAGGAUUUCAACACCUCAUUAGCGGCCAUCAAGGCGCAGGCCAAGCGUGAACUGGAAGCCGAGCGUCGCCAGAAGGAUGAGUUGGCCAAUUCAAGCAGCUCGGUUUCUGUGCCCAGUGGCAGCAGUGGAACCGAGAACAAGAAUUUAGCCUGUCAGGGCGUCUUCUUUCGCUGUCCGCUUAUUGGCGAGGAAGUGUUAACCAAGAAGGCGUGGAAAGCCAAGAUCAAGGAGUUUCUUUAUCAGCAGCUGGAGAGUGAACGUGGCCUAACCGCUUGUUUGAUCAUACAAAAUUGCAAUGUAAAGGAGAAGGCGGAUGAUUGCAUUGCCACGCUGAUUAAAUAUCUGGAGAACAUUAUCAAGAAUCCCGAUGAGGAGAAGUUCUGCAAGAUACGCAUGUCCAAUAAAAUCUUUAGCGAAAAAGUGCGCUAUGUGGACGGUGCCUUGGAUGUGCUUUAUGCAGCUGGCUUUAGCGAAGUACAGAUUGAUGAAGAGCCUUUUCUUUUAUGGACCAAAGAGCAGACUGAGGAAGGUCUUGACCUCGCCAUGCUUGUGGAGGCCUUGAAGAACUCGGAGACCAUUCAGCUUGAGCUGGAUCGCAAUAUUAAAGUGCUGUUGCCAUCGCAGGCACGUCGUGUUGUCUUGCCAGACGAUUUCUAUCGCAUCUCACCAGAGGAAAUAAAACGGGAGCAACAAUUGCGCGCUGAGGCCAUUGAAAGCUCUCAGAUUCUAAAGACAAAAGCAAUGCGGGAUCGCGAGGAACAGCGCACCUUGCGAAUGUAUCGCUAUUCUCUAAUCAGGGUCAAGUUCCCCAAUGGUCUCUACAUACAAGGCACUUUCAAUGUAUACGAAAAGAUUUCCGAUGUCUUUGAAUUUGUACAAUCUUGCCUGGCAGAUGAAUCGCUGGAAUUUAAUUUGGUGGCCACCAGUGAGGGUAAAUUCAACGAAGAAGACAUGGACAAAACUUUAUACGACUGCAAACUCAUUCCAAAUGUCCUACUUUUGUUUACUGUGCCGGCUAUCCCAACUCCAGUUGCAGUUGAUGUCAACUUCUUGAAGGAGGAGUUACUGAUGCUGGUCCAAGAAAUGUAGGAUUUAUUAUGUGGCACCACUUGAUAAUGCAUAUUGGCAGCACAUUCACACAAUGUCGCUGAUUUACAUAUAUGGCCGCUUUUAAGUUAUAAAGAUGUUGUUAUUAUUUAUUGCUAUCUAUUCAAAUCAAAUAUAAGCACAUGUUUCGAAUUAACUUCA